UUGAUGCGCCUUGGUUUCCCUCAAGGCGAAUUCGCCUUGCACUGAACGUACUUUGCUAAAUUCACAUUGCUCGCAAUUGUGUUUACAUUUUUUUUUUUUAAUAAUCUCAAUAAGUCGAAAUUAGAAAAUGCUGCACCUUCGACAUUUGACGCGAAUUUAUCGAAGCAAAAAUAGUUUCAUCGAGAUUUUGAGGAAGAGCAAUAAUUUGGUGAUUACAACUACUGCUUCUGUGCGACCAUGUCGGCUGAGCACACAGAAUGCCCAGGAAUAUAGCACCACAACCCGAACAGAUGUGGUCAACAAUCAGCCCGAAAGUUCAGAUGACAACAUAUUAAAACGAGUUCUUAAACGAGUAGGCUUUUCGCCCAACACAAAAACCCGCUUGAGAGUGUCCAGUCAUUUGUUGUACGAAAGCGUGGCUGAUAAAAUCAACUACCUGAACUUCUUUAAAGCUUUCGAUAUGCCCAACACAUUUAACUCCUGGUUCCUCGUGACUGAAUUGCAUGUGUGGAUGUUACUUGUUCGAGCUAUGGCUGAGGGAUCUGAAUCUGGUGAAGAUGGGCGUUUUCUUCGUAACUGCAUUGUAGAAGUUAUGUGGGGCGACGUGAAUGCACGAGCCAAAAAGCUAGGAACUCAUAAUCCAUCUAAAACCCGAGAACAAAUCGAAAUUCUUUCGGAACAGUUUCAGGCGGCACUAAUUGCAUAUGACGAAGGCAUUAUGUCAGAUGACCGCGUAUUAGCUGGGGCGCUAUGGCGCCGCUUCUUCGCUAUGAAUUGUGACGACAUUAUAAAAAUUGAACGUCUGGUGAAGUACGUACGGGAGCAAACAGUUUUAUUAGAUCAACUGCAACGCGAAGAUUUUCUACAAAAACCCAAAAUAGCAUGGGCAGAUUUAGAAAAGAUAACUGUUUAAGUAACCGUGAGAUUAAAGUUUAUUUUUUGUCAGGUCUAUGAAAUAUACAUAUACACAUAUACAAGACAAUGCAAC